AUGCCCUCAGACGCAGCGUUCGUUCCCCGGCCCCGUUCAUCCCGGAUAAAGCCACGGGAGGGAGGGAAGCGGGUUCGCUGCCUGGUUUGCUUUCGGAAAAGGAGAUUCUUCAAGCGCAGGCGUGGCUCGGUCCCGGUGGGUGAGGGCUGGGCACACGUCCAGGUGUCCCCUAGCCCAGCCAGUGGCACCGGGGACGAGGGGGACCUCUGCCCGACGGUCUGCACAGGAGCGGGGGCCGAGCUGCUGGUUCCUGGGCUCCGCGGGGAUGCGGGGCGGAUCCCUCGGCUCGACGGGACGGGGAUGCCCGGGAGGAGCGGGCCGGGGGCGAGCGGUGGGGGGACCGAGGGGCCUCCUGCCCGCCAUGCUCCGUGCGGCUCGGAGCGGUCCCCGCCGGCAGGGCUGGGGCCGCCCCCGCGGGACGCGCUGGCCGCCGACGUGCUGCUGGAACCGGAGGUGGACUUCCUCAGCCGGCAGCUGCAGGAGUACUACCGCGACGGCGGCGACCCCGAGGGCGGCUACCGCUGCCCGGCGCCGGCCGCCACCUUCCCGCCCUCCCCCGCCUCUCCCGGCUUCGCCUACGAGUGCUGCGGGGCGGCGGGCGCGGCGCUGCUCUCCCCCGGGGACCGGCUGCAGGCCCUGGGCUCGGCCAAGCGGCGGCGGCGGGUGCGCUCCGAGGCGGAGCUGCAGCAGCUCCGGCAGGCCGCCAACGUGCGGGAGCGGCGGCGGAUGCAGUCCAUCAACGACGCCUUCGAGGGGCUGCGCUCCCACAUCCCCACCCUGCCCUACGAGAAGCGCCUCUCCAAGGUGGACACGCUGCGCCUGGCCAUCGGCUACAUCAACUUCCUCAGCGAGCUGGUGCAGUCCGACCUGCCGCUGCGCAGCGCCAGCAGCGAGAGCCCCAGCCAGCCCAAGAAAAUCAUCAUCUGCCACCGCGGCACAAGAUCUCCCUCCCCGAGCGACCCCGACUACGGACUCCCCCCUCUGGCCGGUCACUCGCUGUCGUGGACUGAUGAAAAGCAACUCAAGGAACAAAACAUCAUCCGGACAGCCAAAGUGUGGACCCCCGAGGACCCGCGGAAGGUGAACAACAAACCCUCCCUCAACGACAUCGAGAACGAGCCCCCCUUCGACUUCGUGGCGUGAGGCGCCGCGCAGGUGGCCCCCGCUCUGUACAUGCUGUAUGUAGAGACCUAUAUUGUAAAUGUAAUUUAAGAUUCAGACUCUAAGGGCAAUCAACUUUAUUUAUCUAUUUAUUAUGGAGUAGUGAUAAUGAGGUAGAAUCGUCUGUUUUGAAUGUAUAAUUUAUAUAAUUUAUCCUGAUUUUUUUAAGAUAUGCAAUAAGUUUAUUCCACCAGCACCUUUUUUUUUCGGGGGAAAAAAAAAAAUAUUAAAUAAC